CUCAUCCCUCCCAUACCUCCACCCUUCCCUCCCAUACCUCCACUCUUCCCUCCCAUCCCUCCACCCCUCUCUCCCAUCCCUCCCAUCCCUCCACUCUUCCCUCCCAUACCUCCACUCUUCCCUCCCAUACCUCCACCCCUCUCUCCCAUCCCUCCCAUCCCUCCACCCUUCCCUCCCAUACAUCCACCCUUCCCUCCCAUACCUCCACUCUUCCCUCCCAUCCCUCCACCCUUCCCUCCCAUACCUCCACUCUUCCCUCCCAUCCCUCCACCCUUCCCUCCCAUACCUCCACCCUUCCCUCCCAUACCUCCACUCUUCCCUCCCAUACCUCCACCCCUCCCUCCCAUACCUCCACUCUUCCCUCCCAUACCUCCACCCUUCCCUCCCAUACCUCCACUCUUCCCUCCCAUACCUCCACCCCUCUCUCCCAUCCCUCCCAUCCCUCCACUCUUCCCUCCCAUA